CUUCUCACAAAAAAAGCCGGUAGCGUUGAAAGUCCACGGUCACUAUCACCUUAACCUGGUCAGUAACAACUUAAUAACAACAUGUAUUACAAAUUAAGUGGCUUCACACAAAGACUGACGGGAGCAGCGUCAUCUAUCGCCCAUAGUCCUCAGGGCUUGAGGUCAAAUAUCCCUUCUGAGUCCCCCACCAUAAUCUUUGCUACCCCCACUAAAGUUGUAUCUCAGUCAAGUCCUGCGGUAGAGUAUAUGGGUGUCAACAAAGUUCCAGACCUCCAAAGGAUAUUUCAGGCAUCAGAUGAGAUUCCCGUCCAUUUGAAGCGAGGUGUUCCUGACAGACUUCUGUAUAGAACCACUAUGGCUUUGACAGUUGGAGGAGCUCUCUACUGCCUUGUUGCUCUUUAUAUUGCAGCACAACCCAAAAAUAAAUGAACUUUACCCAGCCUCUUACAUAGACUUACAUCAUCAGUUAGGAAAUGUUAAUAUUUGUGAUAUGUAAAUUAUGUAAAUUUUGCAAUGCCUCUCAGUCUGCCUCCGAAAUAUGAUCAUCAAACACUAGGCUUUACGAGAAGUCGUCAUUGUGAGCGCUGUUACUGUAUCAGCUGCAUUAUGUAAACAGUCACAAAAUUUGUAUUUAUUAGAGUCAAAAAUCUUGAACUGAAUAAACCCUUUACUGUUAGCAGCAGUUAUACCUCAUAAGCACCGGCUGGUUCAAGACAGAUGUAUGCUGCAAUGACAGAUGAUGUGCAGUGCUGUUGUUAGCGCUGUAAAAUUGAAGGUGAGAUGUGACACUUUUCUGCAGUGUUGAUUGGUGAUUCUAUGUAAUGUGCUUGUUACGCAUGUGGUGCUUGUAACAGGGUUCCCAUGGAUCCUUGAAAGUUUGUGAAUCUGGGGGGCAUUCAAGGCCCUGGGAAGUUUUUUAAAAUAUAUAUACAUAGAUACAGGUCAUUGAAAGUGCUUGAAUCUAUUUUUGCAAGAAGUUUUCUGGA